AAAUAUUGUCCGCAAUUUUUUGUUGAAUUUUUUUUUUUCGAAUUUUUGAAACAUGGACGGUUUUAAGAACAAUUUUCAGAAAUUUAUAAUUUAUUUUUGAAAGUCUUCUCUUCGUUUCAAAAAUUAAUUUUCGAUCCCAUGAUUCAUUUAACCCUUUAUAUAUUUUUUAUUUUUUUUGAAAAAUUUUUUUUAAUUUUGACAGAAUCCAAAAUAUCUGAAGGCGUUGAAUUGCUUGGACAUUUUUCUAUGGUUUUUUAAAUAUAAUUUACAAUUUUUUAUUUUUUCAGUUGUUGGAUUUUUGUAUUUCUCCAAAUGGAAAAUUUGUUUUGACGGCAGAUAGGGACGAAAAAAUUCGUAUUUCUCGCUUUCCUCAAGCUUAUGUUAUUGAAGGAUUUUGUGGGUUUUGGACACUCUUCAUUUGUUAAAUCAAUUGCUUUUUAUGGCGACAAUAAAUUAAUUAGUGGAGGAGGUGAUUCAAUAAUUUAUGUGUGGGAUUUAAAUUUAUUUAAAUGUAUUUCUACAAGCUGUAAAGUUUCUGAGACGGCAAUUAGAAAAGUUGGAGUUGUUAAAAUUGUUGAGGAAGAAAUAUCAAAAGAAGGAAUUAUUUGUUUACCAGACCAAAGCAAUUCAAUUUUAUUAUUUUCUUUAAAUCAACAACAGCAAAUGGCAAAAAUGAAUUCUUUUAAUUGUUCAAAUGAAAAUGAAUAUAUUUUUGAUUUUGUUGUGGAUAUGGAUAGAAAAACAGUUUUUUGUGUUGGAAGACAAGGAAUUUAUUAUUUCCAACCAACAACUAUUAAUUUGCCUUCUACAGCAAUAUCAGAACUAAAAUUUCUACAAUUUUCUCCACCUUUAAACAAUUUUAUUUUAAAUGAAUUAAAUUUAUGUGAAGACCAAUUACCUUUAAAUUCAUUAUAUAAAAUACCUUUAAAUGGAAAAAAUUUGGAAGAUUAUAAAAAUAGAAAAGAAGAAAAAUUGGGGGAGAAAAAGAAGAAAAUGUUGGGGGAGGAAGAGGAAAAUUGA